GAAAAUAAUAAAUCAGAUAGUAAUGGAGGAGAAAGAUUCAAAUAAUGACGCUUCUGGCAAAGUUCGGCUUCUGAACACACCAGAGUCUUCAUCAACGAACCAAGCUUCCAAUCUUCGGAACUCAAUGGCUAAGAAAACCCUCAACGAAGAUGUUGAACAGCAUUAUGUGUUAUAUUUCUACCUCUUUUCGGUGUUGGGGCUUGUGAAUAAUCUUGGAUAUGUCAUGGUCGGAAGUGCUGCCCACAAUCUCGCUGAUAAAUUCGACCAUAAGUCAUUAAUGCCUUUAUUUAACUUAUGUGAAAUAGUUUUUGGAAGUCUUGUCAGAUUUAUUAACUCAAAAUAUUUGAUCAACAUUCGCCACUCCAUCAGACUAACUGGAAACGUCAUUGUCAUGAUUGUCGCAUACCUACUAAUAGCUGCCAUUACGAUUCAUCCAAUCGGAGCAAGUUUCUAUAUAGCUCUAUUUUGUGCACUUCUCCAUGGAGUCACUUCAUCCUUUGGGGAGUCAACUCUUCUUGGAUUUCUUAAAGGAUUUCCAAGCAAACAAGUCGGAUCUUUCAGCUCAGGUACUGGCAUGGCUGGUGUAUGAGGAUCAGGCAUUUUCCUAUUACUUGGCUCAUUUAUGAGCGAUGGCUUCGUCUUUUUAGCAGCAACCCCAGCUAUUUUGUUUUACUUCAUGAACGUUAUGAUCACAUCUAAGAAGAAAUCAACACUACCUUUUGUAGAGGAGAACCCGCAGGCACAAGCUCGGGCAGAAUCCAUCAGAAGGUCUAUGGGCUCCAACAACGACCUUACUAAUAGCGCUGAUGAUAAUGAAAUUACCAAUGAAGAAGAUGAAGGCCUCGAAGGAAUUGAAAUGGGAGAAGACGCUGAACAAAACUUACAAAUGGGCUUUGCCAGCUUCAAGCUCGUCCUAUCAAAAAUUGGUUGGUACACUCUCAACCUCUUCCUUGUCUACUUCCUUGAGUAUUCUGUCACUUAAUAAACUUCAAAAAUAUGCUGAAGACAACGAUGAUAUGAACGAAAAUAGCUUUUUCAUCAAAAAUGUGUUCACAAUAUUCGCUUUUUGUUAUCAAUUCGGAGUCCUGAUUUCAAGAAGCUCUCUGUCUCUGAUUAAGAUAAAGCGGGUAGAGAUUGUCACAUUCCUACAGAUCUUAAACUUCAUCUUCUUUUUCCUCAAUGCUCAGCUAUUUUUCUUGAAGAACUACUUUGUCAUGAUUGAAAUUACUGGCUUCAGUGCCAAAAUUCUACAUUUCAAAAAAUUUA